GUGGCAGUGGCUUUGAUACAGCUAUACGAAUCGACUGAAAUGUCACCGGAUGAUAUGGACGAGAGGGCGAUCGAUAUGCUCAGAUCAUUCCCUGUUGAUCACGCGAUUUUUGUGAUUGGAGAGGUGUCCAAAUCGAANGGAUACCAGCUGGAGGUGACCAACGGUCAGCGAAAAUACGGUGGACCGCCGCCGGACUGGGAUGGACCAGCCACAGGACCGACUGGAGCAGGACAUGAGAUUUACAUCGGUAAGAUACCGAACGAGAUCUACGAGGACGCGCUGAUACCGUUGUUCGAGGAGUGCGGCAAGAUGUGGGAUUUGCGAUUGAUGAUGGAUCCGUUGACGGGCAAGAAUAGGGGAUAUGCGUUCGUGACGUAUUGCGAUAAGAACAGUGCGGCUGAAGCGGCGAAAAAGGUGCGUUUUUGCCUUUUUUUGAAGAAAUUUUGCUUUUUUAGACGUUUUUUUGGUGAUUUGGAAAAAUGA